UACGAACGAGUUAACAACUGUACGAGAACGGGAUUUUCCACGAGAGUUUGUCCACUUCCUUAGCAACUGGUUUAGCAGCUUGAAAAACCAUAAUGAUUAUGAUAUAAACAGUUUGUGAUUUAAAUAAACAUGGAUGCAGUUGGAUCUUUAGAACUAUCGUGGGCACAAGGAUACAAUGGUGGUAAAAUUGGUUACAUCGACAAAGAUGUAAUCUGUUACCAGGCAGGAAGUAACAUCAAGUUCAUUGCAGAAGAUGGUGCAGAAACUGUCUUUAAUUUCAAAGGAAAUGGAGUGGGCCCAUUCGCAGUUCACGUAACUAACAAGUGUUUUGCAGUAGCUGAAAGAUGUCUCAACCCAAAAAUCACUGUCUAUGUAUACCCAACAUUCAGAGAGGCAGCAGUUUUAAAAGAUGGGGCUAAGCUGGAAUACAGGUCACUGGUUUUCUCCCACAGUGAAUACAUGGUCACCAUCACUGGAAUACCAGAAUUCCAGCUCAUGUUAUGGCGGUAUACAGAUGGAACGAAACUGACCUCUGUUGACAUCACAUCAGACCCAGUGUCCAGUGUGACCUUUAACCCAGGGAACUGGAGACAGCUUUGUGUUACCACGGAGAAAUCGAUGACCGUUUGGAACACCGAGCAGAGCAAUGACAAAUAUGUCAUGUUACCACAGAAAAUAAAGUUGCCAGCAGAGAAUCCAUCACUGAAUUCCGAUGAAGAGAAGGACCGCGACAUUCCUACUCGAGCCUCCACAAGGAUGACUCGAUACACUAUAGACCUUCCCAAGGCUGCCAUUGCUGGGCUGGUGGGGGAGAGAGCCGAGGCCCUGGACGAAGUCCAGGACACCACUCCCCGUGUGGUGCCCCUGUCUCACACCUGGUCCCCAAGUGGCGAUGUCUAUGUGGGAUGUCAAGGAGGGCAAAUUCUCAAGGUGGAUGGAGAAAUUUACAAAGCCAAGUUGUUUUAUCACCCCCUACCCCCAGCCAGUGCCCCAAACUCUCGGGCCACCAGUGCCACCAGUCGCUUCAACUCCCAGCUUGACUUGACAACAGCAAAAAAGAGAACUAGAUAUGCUGAUGAAGUGAGAGAUAUGAUUUUGGAAGGUGGAGCAGACUGCGUACUUCUCCACAAAAAGGGCCUUUAUGUGGCUGGUCAAGAUGGCAUUCUGAGGCUUAUUGACUUGAAAUCAGAGGAAUUCAAACUCUUGGAGCAGAUUCCCAUUGGAAAUCCAGUAACAUCCAUGGCAUUCUCUCCAAAUUACAGACAUUUAUCUCUGGCAACUGGCAAGGGAACCCUCCAUGUCUAUGAUAUUGGGUCACCCCCCGAUUCUGUCAAAACCCUGAAGAACAUCCACUGGGGCAACGUUGUGGGCGUGUCAUGUUUGGCGGGAAAUGAAUACUGUGUGUCUGUGAGAGAGGACGGGGAACUUCAGGUGUGGACCAUCGACAAAGGUCUCCUGAUCUCCUCAGUGUCUGUGGGCGUCCAGGCCCUGUGUCUAGCUUGCUGCCCCAUGGUGCAUGUGGCUGCAGUGGGGACCGUCAGUGGCCACGUUUACUAUGUGGAUCUGACCUUUCCGAAGAAACCUAGAGUCGUCAAGGCAAUGCGAAUGUACCAGGGGCCUGUUACACACCUCACGUACGAGUCAGAUGGGAAAUACUUGGUGACUGGAUCAGAUGAUGGUCAUGUGAUCGUGGUCGACGGCCGUGCGUCUGUCAACUUUAAACCAGUGGGAUACACUACCAUUCCUGGAGAUAUCCAGUCCAUUGCUACCUUCAGCUCAAACGGAGUGACCCGGAUCGUGGUGACCUCCAACACGUCCGGAAACAAGAGGAACGGGGCAGACACUGUGUUAUACUUCAGAGUUUCAGAGGAGAUGAUGAAAGAUUUGAGAAGUCAUGUCAACAGCCUGAAGUACGAUUUUAAGGAUGCUUCCAUCAAAAGGAUGAUCCUGAAGCUGCCUAUACCAGGAUUUGGCGCAGCUCUAGCUGAGGAGAGCUCUUUCUUCACCAUGGGUCAGAUGUCCAAGAAACUCUACCAGUUCUCUCUCCCUGAGGAGCCUCCCAAAAAGUCAGAUGAUGAUGAUGCAAUCCUGGAGGUAGAUGAGGAGGAACUUGUAGAUAGUGAGACUCUGUUGGCAAGGGGAAAGCCAAAUGAACUAUUUCCUGAGGCAGAAUUUGAAUCUCACCAGCUUCCAGGAGGAAAAUUGCAGUUAUCUCCCCAUGGCAAAUGGCUGGCUAGUUGUGGCACAGAUGGAGCUGUACAACUUAGAGCAAUGGGAACAUUGGACAGGUUUGUGGUUAUUAAUCCCCACGACUACCACCUGGGUGGGGUCAAGAUUGUGGCAUUCGCUGAAGACGCACAGAACUUAUUUACUACAGGAUAUGACGGUGUCCUUUGCUGCUACUCCUGGAACUUCACCUCCACUGGAAUCGGGAAAGCCAAAUCUGCAAUGGAAGCUGCCAGGGCUCGCAAAAGCAGACUGAUGCAGAUACAGAAAGAUGAGGAUGAGGUGGUGAGGAAUUACCCAGAAUUCUCAGCACCAUCUGCCUCAAGACCAGUCUCAGGGGAAACAACUCAGGCUGAAAAGGAGAAAAAAGCAAUGGAGAAAGCCCAUGAGAGUGAUGAGAUAUACCGUACUCCCACACCAGUAGCCCCUAAUGAUGCCACCUGGCAGCAAGUUCAGGAGUUAGAGUCAAUUAAAGAAGAAGACAAUGAGUAUGCAAGUGUGAAAAAUGAUCUCAGGGUCCAGAUUCGAGACAUGAGAAGAACUAUCCAAGGGAUGUUGAAGCAAAAUGAGACUUUACCUGAUAUUGAGAAACUAGGUCGUCAUGAGUUUGACCUUGACAUUGAAGAGCAAAACCGCCUGCAGGCUGAGGCUGAUGCUGAGGUCAAUAGGGUUAGGGAAGAAAUAGAAUUUGAGAACCUGGCCAAGAUUUAUUUACGUGAAAUGAUCAAGAGGGAAUGCUGGGAUGAAAUGGAUGUUAAGGGCCGGGCUCUUCAGUCGUUCUUUACAACUCUGGAAGUCAGUAAUUUUCCAAUGAGGAAGCGGUCAGUGGCCGCAGAAAAGCAAUUGCAAGUGGUGACCACCCGCCGUAAGAUUGAACUGGCCGAUAUAGCGGCUCGUAAAGCAGAACUAGAAGCAACUCGGAAACCAGGGCUGACAACAGCUGAUGAUGAAGGUGGUGACAUUGAUGAGGGAGAGGAAGGGACUAAAGAGAAGCCGUCCACAACAGGCAGUCUAGAUCAGGCAAUGAGUGCCAUGUAUGGGGGAGGAAGCGACCUCUUCUACAGCCAGUUUGACUUACACACCCGGGACCAGAAAAGGAGCCAGAUCAUUCUUCUAGAGGAUGCCAUCUACCGAAUCAAGAACACCUUUAACAAGGAGUUUGAUGAUGUGUACCAGAAGAAGCUGUCCGAGAUUUCCAAAAUUAAGGAUAAGAACAAGAGGAUCGUGAAGAUUCUGCAGGAUCUGGACCUGACAGAGGAAGUGGUCAAACCAGAACUGUCCAUUUAUGAGGACCCUGAGUCUUUGCUGACUGUGGAGGAUCAUGAGGUAAAAGUGGAGAAAUAUCUGACAGCUGCACAGAGGAAGGAACAAGAGAGGAAAGAGAAGGAGGAAGAGGAGAGAAGAAUCCGAGAGCAAGGUGACAACGCCCGUGAGAGAGGUCUCGACAUGAUGAUGGGUGGGGUCCUGGAAAUCAAGAAAGAGGACGAACUCAAGAAGGAUAUUCCCAAGCCACUGUUCAUGUCCACCAAGGAACCCACUGACUGGUCGGAGGAUGAACAGAAACUGGCCAAAGAAUACGAAAAGAAGGUCAAGGACUUACAGGAAGAGAGGGAAAAGUACAGAAAGCAACUAGAAACUGAAUUGAGAAAACUGCAAAGCAUCAUCCAAGAGAGCAUGCAAGGCUUUGAUGAUAACCUGACCCAGCUGUUUAUGAAGAAGAUCAAAAUCAUGAUGGUCAUUUACCAGGAGGAGCUCAAGAUUCUUCGACUGAGGUACUCUUUGUUAGUGGAGGAAGAAAUGGAGACCAGAGAGAAGGAGCUGAAUCAUCUGAUGGAACACAAGAAGGCCAUGAAGGCUCUGACAGCCACAGCUGUGAUGGAAUCCAAGAAACACAUGGACGCCUUCAGAGGGCACUACGACGAUUUGAAUGCGGAGGACAAGGUGAUGGACAAAGCAUUCAAGCGUGAAUUCAACGACGUCACGGCAGUUCAACAGGAUCAGCUGUACAGGCUGUUCAGGAAGAGGCCCAGAAUCCCCAGACUGAAGGGCUUUGACACACCCGCUCCAUCUACGGCAGACUCCUCCCUGCCCAAUCCAUUUGCCGACCGCCCGUCCACAGCCAGACAGCACGCCCAGGCCAAGUCCCAACUGGAGGCUGCCAUUAACGACCUGGACAAGAUCUCCAACAUGCCUGAGGGCAUUGAGGAAUCAGUGUGGCAACGGCUCUGUGCCUACAGGAGGGAAAAGAUUGAGAAUGACUUACUGAUCAAACAGAAAGCCUUGGUUCUAGCUGAGAUGGAUAACUUCUACAAGAAGAGAGUGGAGGAAGAUGAGAGGCUGAGGAAUGAAAUUGAGGGCAUCUUUGACACACUUAACAAAUUACAUGAUGACAGAGUGCGAUUCAACCUGAACCUUGAGGUUCAGUUAAUGCUCAAACAAGGUCAGGUGGAGGUGGAUCCGACCAACUUUAUUCAGGACUACAAGGACAGCGCCCUGAUUCACAGGACGGUGGUGGAGGAGCUCAACAGCAACAUCAAGCAACUUGGUGAGAGCAAGAUAACCAGCAUGAUGGAGAGCAAGGACUUUAGGAAAGGAAUUAUACAGCUAGAAUGGGAACAAAAGCGAAUGUUGAUGCAAAUGGAGGAUCUUCAAAAUAAAAUGAAGGACAUUCAGUUUAUGAAAGUAACUAGGGAGAUUCAAUUGUAUUUAUCUAAUGAAGAUUAUGAAGGUAAAAAAUCAGAAGAAAUUGGAAAGUUGGAACAGACCAUUCUUACACAGUUAAAGCAUCAUGAGAAGAAUGUCAGAGAAAAGAAGCGAAUCAUGAAGGAUUUAGGAAAAACAGUAAAAUCGCGGGAUUCCGAGAACUCUUCCAUGGACAAUGAUUUGGCGGAACUGAAUGUGACGGUGAAUGAGAGGAGGCAUAUCGAUGAAGUCAAUGCCGACAGAAGAUCAAAUACUGGAACAGAAAAACGAUAUCAAGAAAUCGUGCAGCGUCGAAAGUUAGUCGAUCUCGCCAAAGCUCAGGCACAGGAAGUGGCUGUUUUACGCGCAGAAGUGGAGCGAUUGAGAAUGAGAACUUUCCCAGCUUUAGUUCAGGUUGAACACUAGCAUAGGAGAAAAUGUGAACACUGUGAUCGCUUAUACCUAAUGUACAAUUAUCAGCCGAGUGUUGUCUUCAAAGAAUGCAGGACAAAUUAAUUGCUUGUUUGAGCUUUAUUUUCAAUCGGAAGACAAAAAUGUGACAAAUUAGACCCUUGUUACUAUUAAUAUAUUAGUUUGCAUGUGUUAUACUUGCAUUGAAUUUUGUUUAAGGAAUUGAAUGAAAUGUUAAAUUUACUGCUUUAUUUUCUGCAAAUAUUAAAUGAAGUUAUUUUUAAAAUUAAAGAUACAUGUACCUGCCCUAUAUGGCAUAAAAUUUCAGUACAAUUUUAUGAGAAAGUUUAUACAGAUAUUUGUUAUACUGUGUAUAUGAAACUGAAACUAUUUUAUCUCUGUGAUAUCACUGCAAUGUUUAUUUAAUUAAAUGAUUUGAUGAAAUAUAAAUAUUUCGAAAACAU